CCCGGCUCGCUGCGGCCCUGCUGCCCCUCCGGCCCAUGGCCCUCCCGGUGUUCUGCAACUCCUGCUCCUGUGAGCCCCGCAAGCCCACGCCGCGGUUCUGCCUCACCAGCUGCGGCCACGUUUUCUGUGAGAUUUGCCUCCAGAAAGGCAAAAAAGAUGAAUGUUUGAUCUGUAAAACUGCUUGUCAGAUGUUAGUUCUUUCAAAACAGAUAAAUCCUGAUAUUCAGGCACUGUUCAUGGGAGUGGAUGUGUUAUGCAAUAAAUACUCAAAAGAAAUAACACAGAUUUCAGAAUUUCAAGAAAAACACCGUAAGCAUUUAUUAGCAUACUCCAAACAAAAGGCAGCAAAGCUGGAAGAAUCUCUCAAGAAAGCAACACAGCAAAUACAACAGAUACAAUGUAUGAAACCACCUGAAAAAACUGCACAGCUGCUAUUUUCCAAUACAAGCCGAAAUCCAUUUUCCAUUCCUUCAAGAAAACAGAAUGGUUAUUCUCCAUAUCCUCUUCAUUCUAGUCAUCCUUCCACUUCUGAAAUGGUGGAGGCAAUGGAGGUUGAUCCUGUACCUUCACCGAUGAGGAAACUCGAGACACCAUCUGGUCCCACAAGGUUAUCACUAAUAACUCCACCACAGGAUGGACGUAUGGGUAGUGUAGCCUACAGAAGUUCUCAGUCAUCUCUAAUAAUGUCAAGUCAAAAUACUGGAGCAGGAUCUACAAGAUCCACACCUAUAGGAUUAUCACUUAAUGGAUGUCCAUCAUCGUCUGGAUCACAGAGUAGUAGAAGGGGAUCGUGGGCUAAUUCUGAUUUAAGAACCCCUCAGCUGUAUCCACUUACAUCACCUUCCCCACAGCUCUCUGCAAGACAUCCAAUCACCAUCUCUGGACUUCUGCAAAGACAACAGUUAGGAUCGACUAAUUUUGGAGGACAUUCAGCAGAAAGAUAAGCAAACAUCUGUGAAUUCUUUUGGUUAAUAAGCAUCUGGAGAAGCACUACACAGUUUUUGGAUAUCAAAGUAUUUGUAACUUCAAUAAAAUGUCAAAUUGGCAUAAACCAGCUAACUGUUCAGCAUGAAUACUAUAUUUAAACAUCACUGAUCUUUCUGAUUAACAUCUACAGUAGCUUUGAACGGAAGUACAAAGUCUUCUUGUUUUUACAAAUUCUGACUUCAAUUGUAUCAUACAAAUAAACAGCCUUUAUUACCUAAGUGUUAAGACAAAACUUGAUUAUAUACUAAAUGAGCAUUUUUUGCUGUGAGUGCAUUGAGCUGCAGCAGAACUUUGUAAAUGGUUGUGCCUGUAUGGUAUUACAGAUGGAAUGCAGUCCUAGAAAAAACAUUAAUUUAUGAAUUUUUCAUUUCAGAAUUCCAUAGUUUGGUUCUUAAUUGGAAAAGGACUUGGCAAAACAGUUUGCACUAUUGGAAAGGGAUGAGGUUUGAGGGAUAUCACAUUCUAGAGGGCUCUGACAAGCUUGUAACACAGUAUCUAUUCCACACUCCCAAAAGUUUACCAUUUGAUUUAGGUAGCAAUGAUUCCUUCCUGAAGUGGAGUGAAAUAGGAGGAAUGGGAUGAAGAGACACAACACAGUGAAGGUUACCUGUACUCAUGCACAGGGGCAGUAACUGGAGACUCUGAAUGAAGGGGGCCAGAAUGCAACAUUUUCCUUCUGAGAAUAACUCUUAAAUUCAUAUUUCCACCAUUACUGUGCAUGUCUGGCAAAAUUUUGGUAUGACUGAGUCAUCAAAUACCUUUGUUUUGACCCUAACUUUACCUGGGAUCACUCACCAUUUACCAUCACUGGUAAAACAGUGGAAUCUCACAGUAGAUUUCCUUUCAAGCAAGCUUUCAUUCAAAACAUUUAAUUUUACAAUGCCACAGACAUAUACAAAUAAAGAUGUGUAGUGUAACUCUUAAAAAUUUCUGCUUUCCUUUAGUUCCAGAUGAGCUAGAAUAACUUGAAAAAUGAGACUAGUAAAAUAUGAUUGCACUCCUCGUGGUUCAGGUAAUCAUCAGUUUACCUUUUCUGGUAAG